AUGUUUGGCUUCUCGAUAUACUUGGCCUCUCUGCCGGUGCUUCUAGCCACUGCGCUGAUUUGGUACGCAAGGAGCUGGACUGGCGGUAAAUGGCACGUCAAGCUCAAUAAAGCUCAUCGAAAAUAUGGUAAGAAGGGCAUUGAAAUCUCUGGAUUGGAUGAGCCUGAGCUAAAAGGGGGCUACCACGCAGGCGACAUCAUACGUAUCGCGCCCAACGAGCUGUCAUUCGCAUCUAUUCAAGCGUUCAAAGACAUCUAUGGGCCUCCUUCUAAGACUCGGAAGCUGUUCCCCAAGUCAGAGCUGUUCUACGGUACUGGGAUCCAAAGCAUGGUAUACGAGAUGGACCCAGAUGAACAUGCAAAACAAUACAAGAUCUUUGCCCCGUCGUUCCGGGCCUCGGCGAUGCGCUCCCAGGAGCAUGUAGUGCAGGACCAUGUCGACCUCUUCAUCUCUCAAUUGAAGACACGCGGAGAGGCAGGAAUUGAUGUGACGGCGUGGUUCGAGUGGCUUGCCUUCGACAUCAUCGGCCAGCUAGCCUUCGGGGAGUCAUUUGGCGCCGUGAGCAAGGGCGAGCCGAAUUACUGGGUCUCUCUUCUCCACGGUGCGGUAUACGGUGGCAGUGUUGACCUUCUGGCAAAGCGCAUUGCCAUACUGGGGCCGAUUCUGCGCUGGGCACCGCGAUUCUCCCAGGAUGCCGCAGACGCCAUCAAGGCCAAAAAACACCAUGCGGCGCUCACGUUUGAGAAGACACGGGCGAGGAUACAGAUGGGCAAUGAGCACGGCAUCGAAGACUUCCUCGCCCCAGCGAUCGACAAGCUUAGCGAGGAGCAGCUCGCCCACCAGGGAUUCAUAUUCCUCACAGCAGGCGCCGAGACCAGCGCCACCGCCCUCGCCGCGGCAGUUUGGUUCCUCUCCAGGCCGGCCUACGCGCACUGUCUCGCGCGGCUCCGAGACGAGGUGCGCAGCGGGUUCGCAAGAUACGAGGACAUCACCGGCGAUGCGGUCGCCAAGCUGCCGUACCUCAACGCCGUGCUCGAGGAGACGAUGCGCAUCAUGCCACCGUCGACGGUCGGCCCGCCGCGUGUCAGCCCCGGCGAGACGGUCGACGGGGUCUUCGUCCCUAAGGGCGUAUACGUGUCUGCCGACAUCUGGUCUUUUACUCGGGACCCGCGAAACGUUGAAGGCCCACCUGCGCCUGAUGUAUUUGAGCCUGCGCGCUGGCUUGAUCAGGGUGGAGUGAAGCCCUACUCGGCACCGUUCCUUAUCGGGCCAAGGAUGUGCAUUGGUGUGAAUCUUGCUUGGUUGGAGAUGCGUAUUACGCUUGCGAAGAUGGUGUACUCGUUCGAUUGGGAGUCGAUCGGGGAGGUUGAGGGUGGCGACUGGUUGGAGCAGUGCCAGUUGCAGGUGUUGUGGAAGAAGCCUAAGUUGAUGGUUCGUUGCACUCUAAGGUCAUAG